CGAGCAGUAAAUUUCGGAAGAAUUUUGUUUUCCCAGAAACAAAGAAGAAGAAGACGAAGCUGCUGCUGCUUCUGAAGAAGAAGAAGAAAGAUAGAUUAACCGAAGAAAACGAAGAAAAAGAAGGCGAUUUGGCUGAUUGGGAGUGAUAAACACACCAGGAGAGAACAAUACGCCGCUUUAAAAGGGGGAGGAGGGAUUGCUAUUAAAGGGUUUUCAGGGUUUUCCUUCUCGAUUCGCUAUCCUUGUUUGUUUCUUAUGUAAAUAAGGUGUAUUGCACUGUCAAUGGUUGAUAAUUUAUUCACACAUUAUUACAAGGACUUGACGUCCUAAUUUAAGUGGCAUGUGAAACAUUAUGACGCUGGAGGAUUUCUUUACGUUAACUGAGAUGAAAGACGGGCUGGCAGUACCUGCUCGUGUUAAAGACCUUGUGAAUGUCAUGCACAGAGAAAAGGAUUCAAUUGUAAAAAGCAUGGGAGACAUGACUCGACAGUGGUCAACUGUAGCUAGUACUAUUAUAGCCACCGAGGACAAAGACUGUCUCGAACUUUUUAUUCAAUUGGAUGGCCUCUGUUUUAUCGAUAGGUGGUUGAACGACGCUCAGAGAUUCAGCGUUGAAACGAGCGAUAACUUUGUUGAGGAAUCGAUCACUGUGUUAUUACGUGCGUUGGAAAAGCUGCAGAUUGGUUAUGAGAGGUCGUCAGCUUCAGGUAUCUUGUUGACUGUCGAGAACCUUCUGAAACAUGGAAGUUCUAGGGUUCAGGAUGGAGCUAAGGCUCUGUUUGAUCAGUGGAAGAAAAAUGGUGAUACCGAUCAGGUGAGUGUAGAACACUCCGGUGCUGAUAUUUCACUACCCAAUGGAGGUGAAGAAAAAUGUGAUGAUGGUUCUGCUGAUGAUACGAAUGAGAGAAAGCCGGUUAUGUCGGCUGAUGAUGUUGAAAAGGAAACAAUCUUGGAGGAGAAAGAAGUCAAAGAGGAUGAUACGCGGCUUGAGUUGACAGCUGUAGAAAAUUCUUCUAAGGAAGAAUCUGUAGUAGUAGUAGCUGAUUCAGUAGAAAAGGAAAAUGACUCUUUUACCCCCGUAGUUUUCGACGAAGUUAUUGAAGAAAGAUCAAACGUUCCCAUCCCAAACGAUUGUGCUGCUGCUGAUGAUGAUAAACAGGAGAUGCCAAUGGAGAUUGAUUCAACUGGCAAAUUACAUGCAAAAGUUGGUUCUUCUGUUGUGGACGAUGAUCUUCAAAGCCAUUCGCCUAUGCAAAUAGACGACUGCAAAUCUCUGGAGAAUGGGAAUGCGACUAUCCCAACAGAAGAUAACGGGGAGGUUGAUGAACUCGAAGAGGAGGAUUCUAGCGAGGAAAAUAAAGAACUGACUAUAAAUUUAAAUCUUCUAAAGCCUGCAAUUAUUUGCAAAGUACCGAACUCGAUCGACGAGAAAAGAUCAGACAUAGAACUCGAUUACAGCAUCGUAGACGCCCUAGAGGUUGCACGGCAGGUCGCUAUUGAUGUUGAAAGAGAAGUCGGGGAUCAUAGAGAACCGAGCUGUAGUAACUCUUCCGAGAAGAAGCAAUCAAUCGAUCCUUCUUCAAUGAAGGACGAAGAACCAUCUUCUAGUAAUAGCAGCAGCAUCAGCAGAAACAGCAGAGAAACCCUAGAUCCCAAAACCGAAAAUUCAUCACCACUGACUGUCUCUUCUACUGAAAUUGUCGAUAAGGAAUUAGAAGCUAACUCUUCCGGAAAAGGUCUUGUCGGAUUGGAUCUGAACCAAGAAGUUUGUUCAGAGGAUAUCGAUCAGCCGGAGAAACCCAUUCCGACUCAUAUCUCUCAAGUUUCGGCUUCAAGAGCUGCUGCUGUUUCUGAACUGGCUUCGUCCCCUUUACAGCAACAGCCUGAAGACGGAUGGAAAGGAUCCGCCACAACAAGUGCUUUUCGAAAAGUUCUGGAGGGCAUCGAGAAAACUCCUCCCGCUGAAACGAACCGCAACUUUCUCGGUUUCGACUUGAAUGUCGCGGAUGAAGAAGAAGAAGAUGAAGACGAAAAAACUACGCGACCAAUUUUGGAUCUUAAUAUCAUAAGCGACGAUUCCGAUUCUGUGCCGGACCAAUCUUCCUCUAAGAAGAAAAUCUGUUUGGAUUUUAAUUUGAACGAGGACGACUCGCAUUCAGAUCAACAUCAGUCAUCUGUUGCUCCUUUUCAGUCAAUCUCUCUUAUGGGAACAAAAGUGGAAGUGGGGAAAAGAGAACCAAUAACCCAAUCAUCGUCGUCAUCAUCGAUAAAGGAUCAGGUUAAUUUACCCAGAACCGGAACCGGGGUUGGUUUCUUCUCUUUCGGGGGGCCGCUACAGUAUCCUCAAAUGGGACCAUCGUCGCAGUUUUCACUGUCGCCCUACAUGGUUGAUCCUACUAGGGGUGGCCCGGUUUUACCUCAAUCACAGUUUUUUAUGAUGGGACCUCCCCCGGCUGGUGGUGGUCAUUAUAAUGGGGCCGGUUCUUCUUCAUCAUCGUCUAAUCAUAAUCAUCAUAGGAUAUUUGAUCUGAACAUGGGUACGACAAACGAAGGAGUGAACCGAGAGAAUGUCGGUUUUAGACAGUUUCUUAGUAUAGGUGGUGGUGGUCAGAAUAAUAAUAAUAGGAUGAUGGAGGAGCAGCAGUUGAGAGGAGGAAGUUUGCAGCAGCAGCAUCAACAUCAACAGCAGCCAUCUUCUUCAUCUUCGUCGGGUUAUGGAUUGGGAAAGCGAAAAGAGGCUGAAGGAGGAGGAGGAAGCGGGUGGGAAGGAUAUCCUUAUAACUUAAAGCGCCAGCAGCCGCCAUGGAAAUAAUUAUAGGAAGAUGAUGAAUGUAAUAAUGGAUGAUUCUGGGAGAUUAGUUGAGGAGAAGAAAGAAAGAAAGAAACAAAGAAAGAAGAAGACAUGAAGGGAAGGAGCUUAGGUUUUUAAUUGUUUUGAAGAAAAUUUAAUGAUUUUCAUCUUGAUUUUGUUUUUAUUUUAUUUAAUGUGUUGGGGGACUGAUAGAAAUAUUUCUAUAUUUAGUCUGUAGUAUAAUUUUCCUAUCUUUUAUUAUAUGAUUAUUAUGAUUA